GGCCGCCGCCUUCCGCCUUCCGGUGCGGGCAGCGUGCGGGGGGCUUCCCGCCCCCGCUGGCCGCCGGGGCUCUGUGGGGAGCGGCCCGGGGCCGCGGGGCCGCCCGUCGCCUCAGCGGGGAGCGGGCGGGCGGGCGGUGGUGGGUCGUUGGCUUCCCGCCUUCGCAGCCGGCGGCGGGGGGACCUCCGGCGCUGCGGAGCGGGGGUCUCGGGGUGCCUUCAACCUCGGCGCACCGGGGGAGCGGUGGAGACGCCGGUGUCAGGCCCAGAGGCAGCGUAGCGGGAGCAGGAGAGGGUGAAGAAUGGAUUCUCUGGAUCACAUGCUCACGGACCCCCUGGAGCUGGGACCCUGCGGGGAAGGAAAUGUCACACGCAUCAUGGAGGACUGCAUGCUGGGUACCACCAGGGUUAGUCUGCCCGAGGACCUUCUGGAGGAUCCUGAGAUCUUCUUUGAAGUUGUCAGCUUGUCUACAUGGCAGGAGGUACUGACAGAUGCGCAGCAAGACCACCUAAAAAAAUUCCUGCCUCACUUUCCUGAAAACAACCGAGAGCAUCAGAACAAACUCAUCUCUGCGUUGUUCAGUGGUGAAAACUUCCGUUUUGGAAAUCCACUGCACAUCGCCCAGAAACUCUUCCGGGAUGGACACUUUAAUCCUGAAGUUGUGAAAUACCGGCAGCUCUGUUUUAAGUCCCAGUACAAACGCUACCUGAGUUCUCAGCAGCAGUACUUCUACCGACUGCUGAAGCAGAUCCUCGCUUCCCGCAAUCACUUGCUGGAUUUAGCUAGGAAAGGAGGCCCUGAUAUGACCCUAAGGAGAAAGCACUUCUCACCGACGUAUGACAUGGAAGAACGAGACAGACGGACGCAUCGGCGCUACUUGAAGAUUCUGAGAGAAGUCAAAGAGGAGUGUGGAGAUACUACCUUGUCUUCUGAUGAAGAAGAUCUAAGCUCCUGGCCUCCAAGUUCUCCAGCACGUUGUCCAAGUCCACCAGUUCCCCUGAGAGUGAUCCCCACAUUGUCAACCUUGGACAUGAAAACAGCAGACAAGAUAGAACUUGGGGAAAGUGAUUUGAAGAUGAUGUUGAAGAAGCACCACGAGAAACGAAAACGUCAACCUGACCACCCCGAUCUAGUGACGACAGACCUGACUCUGGAGGACAUUAUGACUCGAGUAAAUGCUGGCAGGAAAGGUUCUUUAGCAGCCUUAUUCGACCUUGCAAUCCUUAAGAAAAAGGUGAAGGAAAAGGAAGAUAAGAAGAAAAAAAAGCUGAAGAUUAUUAAAUCUGAGGUGGAAGAUUUGGCUGACUCUCUUAGCAAUGCAGAUGGAAUCCCACCAAUGUCUCAGGAUCCUUCCCCCAUCCCUCUGUCGUCUGUCAAGGAGGAACCUCUUGAAGAGAUGAAGCCAUGCCUUGGAAUAAAUGAAAUAUCUUCCAGCUUCUUUUUCCUUCUGUUGGAGAUACUGUUUCUGGAAGGACCUGCUACUCUUUCUGUGCUUGAAGAUAAAGUUCUAGAUUGGCAAUCUUCUCCUGCCAGUGCACUAAAUAACUGGUUCUCCUUUGCCCCUAACUGGUCUGAACUGGUUUUACCCGCCUUGCAGUAUUUGACAGGUGACAGCAGAGAUGUUCCUUCCAGCUUCUCACCUUUUGUUGAAUUCAAGGAAAAAACUGAGCAGUGGAAAUUGCUUGGUUCUUGCCAAGAUCACGAGAAGGAAUUGGCAGCACUGUUUCAGCUCUGGUUGGAGACCAAAGACCAGACUUUUUUCAAAGAAAAUGAGGACAGCUCAGAUGCCACAACACCAGUUCCCAGAGUAAGGACUGACUAUGUAGUCCGACCUAGCACUGGAGAGGAGAAACGCGUGUUUCAGGAGCAGGAACGUUACCGUUACAGCCAGCCCCACAAAGCUUUCACCUUCCGUAUGCAUGGCUUUGAGUCAGUUGUUGGCCCUGUGAAGGGGGUGUUUGACAAGGAAACCUCAUUAAACAAAGCCCGAGAGCAUUCUCUCCUGCGCUCAGACAGACCAGCAUAUGUCACCAUCUUGUCCCUCGUUCGUGAUGCUGCUGCUCGCCUUCCUAAUGGAGAAGGAACUCGUGCUGAAAUCUGUGAGCUGCUUAAAGAUUCUCAGUUCCUAGCUCCUGAUGUCACAAGUGCUCAAGUUAAUACUGUUGUUAGCGGUGCUUUGGAUCGAUUACAUUAUGAGAAAGAUCCCUGUGUGAAAUACGACAUUGGACGCAAGUUAUGGAUCUACCUGCACCGGGACAGGAGUGAGGAAGAGUUUGAACGGAUUCACCAGGCUCAAGCUGCUGCAGCAAAGGCCAAGAAGGCCCUUCAGCAGAAGCCAAAACCUCCGGCUAAAAUGAAGUCUAGUAGCAAGGAGACUUCUGUGAAAGCACUCCCCAGCAGCACAUCAGAGCCCAGUCAGCUGAGCCUUAGUGACUCCAGCAUGCCACCAACUCCUGUGACUCCCGUGACACCAACUGCACCAGCAUUACCAGCAACACCUAUUUCACCCCCGCCAGUGUCUGUGGUUAGCAAGAGUGUAUCUAGUGCUGGAUCGGAGCCAGCAAAACCCAGCCAAAGCGUUCUUCUGGUAUCAUCCCCUACCAUGCCACAGCUCGGGACGUUGCUUUCCACAGCCCAGAGUUCACAGACACAGCCGGGGCCGCAGCCACCUCCCACCCGGGUGGUAAGUCAUACCACCUCCUCAGGACUGCCGCAGGUCCGGGUGGUCACUGCCCAGUCCAGCCUGCCAGCUGUGUCUCAGCAAGCCCCAGUGGUAAGCCAGCAGCAGCAACCUACGUCAGUGCCUCAGAUCCGCGUUCCAGCUACAGCCACGCAAACCAAAGUGCUCCCUCAGACUGUGAUGACUCUGCCGGUAAAAGCUCAAACCAGCCCAGUGCAGGUGCAAAGACCAGGAAGCUCCAUGACAGGACAGACAGGCAUCACUGUGACAGGACUGUCUGCAGCUCCCAGUCCGGCUGUAAAGCCAGUAACCAGCUCUCCGGGCAGUUCUGCUACAAGCACGUCCUCCACCACUGUCAUCCAGAAUGUAGCUGGCCAGAAUAUCAUCAAGCAGGUGGCUAUUACAGGCCAACUUGGCAUGAAGACCCAGCCUGGAAGUGGCAUCCCACUCACUGCGACCAAUUUUCGGAUCCAAGGAAAGGAUGUGUUGCGCCUACCCCCGUCCUCUAUUACCACAGAUGCGAAGGGACAGACUGUGCUGCGUAUCACCCCGGACAUGAUGGCCACCCUGGCCAAAUCUCAAGUCACUACUGUUAAACUAACUCAGGACCUCUUCACAGCAGCUGCGGGAAGCAGCGCUAGUGGGAAAAGCAUCUCUGCAACUUUGCACGUGACAUCCAAUCCUGUCCAGACUGCUGAUUCUCCAGCCAAGACUAGCACGGCCACUUCUGCUUCUUCCAGCCCAGCUGGAAGCACAGUGGUUAAAGUGACUCCUGACUUAAAGACUGCAGAGCCAACAAGCUCCGCUUUCCGACUGAUGCCUGCUCUGGGCAUGACUGUGGCAGAUCAGAAGAGCAAAGCCAUAACUACGGUGGCAUCCACUGAGGCCAAGCCAGCUGCUACUAUAAGAAUCGUGCAGGGGCUGGGGGUGAUGCCGCCCAAAGCUGGGCAGACUAUUACGGUAGCUACUCAUGCUAAGCAAGUGCCCUCUUCCUCAGCAGUGAGCGUGCCCGGCACAGUCCAUACCUCAGCUGUCUCUUUACCAACCAUGAGUGCCACAGUGUCAAAAGCGGUCGCUGUGGCCUCGGGAGCUGCUGGGACUCCCAUAACUAUAGGCACAGGAGCCACUGCUGUGCGGCAGGUACCCGUCAGCACCACAGUAGUAUCUACAUCCCAGGCAGGUAAACUACCAGCACGAAUAACAGUGCCUCUGUCAGUGAUCAGCCAGCCAGUGAAAGGCAAGAGUGUGGUGACUGCCCCCAUCAUCAAGGGCAACCUCGGGGCCAACAUCAGUGGAUUAGGUAGAAAUAUCAUCCUGACUACGAUGCCAGCAGGGACAAAACUGAUCGCUGGGAACAAGCCAGUGAGUUUUCUGACGGCACAGCAACUGCAGCAGCUGCAGCAGCAAGGCCAGGCCACGCAGGUGCGAAUUCAAACAGUGCCAGCCUCCCAUCUCCAGCAAGGAACAGUGUCUGGCUCUACUAAGGCAGUUUCCACUGUGGUUGUGACAACAGCUCCAUCUCCAAAACAGACUCAAGAUCAGCUAUGAACACUGGUUUGCAAAUGGAUCGCUUUCCAAGAACUUCCCUGAGUCCGUGGUCAUCCUCCAUCCAACCACCCAAGACUACCUAACCACAGUCAUGGCUAGGGACUGGACUCGAUUCUGUCACGUUGCUUGUCUGGAGUCAGCGUUGUGAUGUCUAGGUAGAAAUUCCACAGCAAAAGAUGCUGUACCUACAAAACAAAAUGUUUCAGUCCAGAUGUGUAAAGCCAAGUUCUGUGGCAUUGAUCAUUUAAGAAAAGUCUUCCUUUUCUUUGUUCUCUUCCCAUCCGAAGGGCUUUAUAAUAUAAUUUCUGUGCAUUUUGGGUUGCAGACAAAGCAGUUGAUCUUGGGUCUUCCUUAACCAGGGAAACCUGCUUGGAAGGGGUAGUUCAUGCAAAGUCAUGAAGAAGAUGCCUCCUUUUGCUGGAGUCUAGCUGUCACUACUUUCAUAUAGGUGACUUAGGAUGGUGGCUCAGACACCAGAGUUUGUUUGUAACAUAGCCUCGAAGUAGAUCCCUAACACAUUCAGUGUACUAUUUAUAGACUUUUUAAAUACCUCUCCCCUAUCUCUGAGCUCAAACUUCUUUUGAACAGAUACCACUUCCAUGUCAAAUUUCUGUCAAAGGCAGGAUGAGAGUCAAGACGGUUUUUGCUGUAAAAAAGCUAGUAACCACAGGGAAGAGUGAGAAGUGGAGGAGAUGCAGGAAGUCGUCGUGUGAACAAGCCAGUCAGCAAAUGGGAAUAUACUGAAAAGCGGAAAGAAAGUGUUCACCAGAAGGAUCCUCUAGUUUUCCUCAACAAAUAAACCUUUUUAUCAUUCAAAAAAGACUAUAGCUUGUUUUAAAGGUUUGGAAUAUGUUUUCAGAUAUACCCAAACUGUAGUCUCUUGGACUCAGAAGAAAUAUUUUAACCCAUGAUCCCGGCCUUUAGUUUUGUUUUUACCUUUGCAAUUUUAUCUCUCUAUGUAAAUUGGUUUGAAUUUUGCACAUACCGGAGGUGGAUUCGUGGCUGUUCUGACAUGACCUUGAAGCUUUCUCGGAAUGAGAUCGGAAGACGUGUUGGACCAGGAGAAGAAUAAAAGUGCAGAAAGCCUUACAAAUCUCUCUGCCAUCUCCUUUCAGUUUUGUACAGCUUGUUGUUUUGUGUACAAUGAUUGUCUAGUUUGCCAAGGGCUAAUAGAUUGUCCAUCUUCUUUGUAAGAUGGUUCUUUUUAA